GGAACCCCUUAAAUCUUAAACCUCAUCAAAACCCCACUCCUGGACCCUUAACCCCCACCCCUCGGUUGGGCAUCUCGGUAGAUUUUUCAGUUUCUUUUUACCCCAAAGAGAGGAGCCCUGUUAGAAAGAAGAGGGGUUCCCGGGAAGAUAGGAGGGGUCUCUGGUUGUUUUUCUUCUCGAACAGGAGAGAGAGGCUCAUCGGAGAAGAGAAAAGAAAGAAGGAGACAAGGGAGUUCUCUUCGAAGAGAGAAGAGAGAAAAAGGAGGGGUCUCUUGUUGUUUUUCUUCUUGAACAGGAGAGAGAAUCGCUUUGGAGAAAAAAGAAGAAGGAGACGAGAGAGGUCUCUUCGAAGAGAAAGAGGGGGGAAAGAUGAGCUGAAGUUCGGAAGGGGGAGAAAACUCUGUUCGCUGGUCCUACUCCCUAGUAUGCGCGUCAAGCUCCGAAGAAGAGUUCUCCAAAUUGACGGUUGAGCAGGAGAAGGAACCCUUGUCUUCUCCAUUUCUCUAUUUGGCGGAACGUUUCGCCAUUGGCGAUUCUGUCUUCACUGUCCUCUUGCUCGAAGUCCAGUUGGAACGCCUUACCUAAAAAAAUCCUAGAACGUUGAACCCUAGAGUUAUCUCGUAGCAUUAUCGAUCUGAUUCACAGGCCACAAGAGACCAUUCAGCCGAGUCCUAAAGUGGGGCUCUGAUAUAGAAGGGGUGAGGCAGUAAUCUGUCGUCCUUUUGCUCAGACCCUGCGUCAAAAGAGGAUUGGUCUAGAAAUACAGAAGGAGGUAUCCUUUCGGGCUGCCGAGGACCUGGAUUUCCAGUCCGAAUUUAAAUAAAAUGGGGAAUUCAGCAUUCACACUGACCGGAGAGAGGGAUGCCUAAACAACAGCGGGUUUUCCCGACAUUCACACUUGGUUGGGAGAAAGCAACAAUAAUGGCAUCAAAUUCUGAGAAACCAGCACAGGAGUCGUUCCCUUUCUUUUCAUUACCAAACAACCAGAACCAAUCUGGAUUCGGAUUUCUCUUUGGGUCUAACGAAAAGCCUCUUCCACCACCACCUCCUUCUGUUGAAGUUCUUACCUCUGAGAUGUCACCGACUGUGAAAUAUACAGUAGAAUCUGUCAAUUUGGGUGAUGGGCUUACUUUGCUUAAGGGCCGGGUGAGUACUCAUGAAGUUUUUGCCUUAUCAAAUUCAGAUCUGGUUCCUGGGAAAUAUGAGGGAGGACUGAAGCUAUGGGAGGGUUCACUUGAUCUGGUGAAGGCUCUACAUUCAGAGAUUCAAGGUGGACAAUUAUCUCUGAAAGGAAAACAUGUUUUAGAGCUUGGAUGUGGUCAUGGACUUCCUGGGAUUUUUUCAUGCCUUGAGGCUUUGUUCCAUCAGGGUGCGUCUGUGGUUCAUUUCCAAGACUUCAAUGCUGAGGUUCUACGAUGUUUAACUAUACCAAAUGUAAAUGCAAAUACCUUAAGGGGGCCUCAACAGCUCUAUUUGGCUACAAACGAGACAGAAAAGACACAGGCAGAAGUCCGCUUCUUUGCUGGUGAUUGGAGUGAAAUACAUAAACUUCUUUUCCAUGUAUGUGACAAAGAUUACCAGAAAGGAUCAGAUUCUUCAUCAGGGCAAGAUCCACCUGCAGGUUAUGAUGUUAUUUUAAUGGCAGAGACAGUUUACUCAAUUUCUUCUCUGCAAAACCUCUAUGGACUAAUAAAAAAGUGCCUGAGCUGGCCCCAUGGAGUUGUUUACAUGGCAGGAAAAAAGCAUUAUUUUGGUGUAGGAGGAGGAACAAGACAAUUCUUGUCUGUUGUAGAAAAAGAUGGACUUAUGGAAGCUAGCUUGAUUGCAGAAGUUGCGGAUGGUUUGUCUAAUUUACGGGAGGUAUGGAAGAUUUCAUUCAAGUAGACUGCUAUACAUGGACCGAACAGCUUGACAUUCAAAUGAGCUUUACUUGCUCACAAUUUGAAUUCUGAUGCCAUGAACCGAAUUCAAAAGCUUCCAAUUUUCAGAAAAAGUGGAAUUUGAGGGCUAAUGAAGUCUGCAUUAAACUCGAAGUUGAAUAUUUUGCUCUCUUGUUUUUAUAUUUCAACUUUCUGUUUACAGCUAUGGAUAGCUUAUUUAUUGUCUUUAUCCUUUUCACUUUUUGUAGUAAGGUCUACAUUGGUUCUCUUUGUUUGGA